AUGGCCUCUUUACCGGAACAGAACUUCCAGGUUGUUAUUGUUGGGGCAGGGCUGAGUGGCCUGCGCGCAGCAAUGGAGCUCGACAAGGCUGGCAUAAGCUAUAUUGUGCUUGAGGCCAUGGAUCGUGUCGGUGGAAGGACUCUUUCUGUUCCAGCAUCAUCAUUGAACGACCCUGGGCUAGUCGAAAUGGGUGCUGCAUGGCUGAAUGACAGUAACCAGUCGGACAUGUACACCUUGUCAAAGGAGUUUGGUUUCAAACUUAUCCCACAGGUAUCAGAUGGUCUUUCUCUCUACCAAGACCGGGAUGGCAGGAUCAGCCCAAUGGAGUAUGGGCUCCCCAUUCCUUUCUCUGAUAAUCAAAAGGUUGAGUUCAAAGACUUUAUGGCUCAAGUGAGCAGUUACGUGGAACGCUCCGACCUUCAGCGACCUCAUCUUGGCCCUGAUGCAAAAGAACUAGAUUCCAUGACCGCCCGCGACUUUAUCACCACGAAAUUUGGAACUGCACUUGCUGAUAAGCUGCUCACUUUGGCUACUCGUUCUUUGCUUGGCGUUGAAAGUGAUGAACUCAGUGCCCUCUGCUUCAUAGAUUAUGUCAAGAGCGGCAUGGGAUUCGAUAACAUCAUUUCGGAUCACGAGCAUGGGGCACAAUAUCUGCGCAACGCGAAUGGGAAUCAAAAUUUUGCUACCAAUCUCGCCGCGAGACUGAAAAACGGCAGGGUGAAGUUAUCGGCCGCUGUGAAGAAGAUUUAUCAGUCUGACAAUCACUGCGUGACUGAAACUGAUCAGGGGUGCUAUCGAUCUGAGAAAGUGAUUGUUUCAGUGCCGAGCAACCUUUACUCUCAGAUAAAAUUCGAGCCGGAUCUCCCGUCAUCGAAGCAGAUUCUGAGAAAUUCAAAAAUGGGCUAUUACUCUAAGACGGUUCUGAUCUUCUCUGAGCCGUGGUGGCGCAAUGCAGGCUUAUCAGGAGAGUUCAGUUCAGAGGAAGGCACUAUUUCAUUUUCCCGGGAUACAAGUGUGCCGGAGCUUGGAAAAUUCUGCAUUACCUGCUUUCAUGUCGGAAAUCCUGGUCGAUAUUGGUCGCUGCUGCCCGACAAGGAGCGGCAGGCCCGGGUAUGGCAUCAGUUCCAUGCGGCAUUUCAAACCAUCGUGGAUUGUGUUCCGGAACCCAUUAAGAUUGUCGAGAAGGAAUGGGCCAAGGAUCCCUGGGUCCGUGGGAAUCCAAUGCCGGUGAUGAUGCCCGGAGUCAUGUCAAGCUCUGCCGGUCAGUCAAUCCGAGAUCCGUUUGUUAACAUCCAUUUUGUGGGAACCGAGACGUCAUUCGUGUGGAAAGGGUACAUGGAAGGUGCGGUUCGAUCGGGGGUUCGCGGUGCUGCGGAGGUAAUUGAGGCACUCGCUAUCGCCCCUUAG